UCAGUGCGCAUGCGCAUGCGCGCUCUUCCUCAACAAUAACUGCGAAUGCGGAAAAGAAGGGCGGUUGCGCGAGCAAUUUUAUUCGGGACUUCACGGUUUUGGAUCAGACUCAUCUUGAGGAACAGCAGGAAGGAGGAAUUUUAAGGGCGAUAAUUGAGAUGAACAUAAACAAGGACUUGGGAAUAUAACUCAUCCCAGAGAUCAUUGACUCAGCUGUAAUCAUAAAAAUGCACAGGCCUGUUUUGACCACAGUUAAUGUAACCCUGUCCUCAAAGAAGGGUGAACUCCAGAGAAGGCACUCAGACUGUGUCUCCAUGAAGAGUGACAUGUCUUUGGAUCCUCCUUGGAACUUUAGAAAUGGAGAUUCCUUAUCUGUGCACAGUAAAUUUAAGAGAAAGAGAUCAGACUCGUCAGAACCCAGCUGUGUGUCAAUGAAAAGUGACAUGUCUAUAGAUCCUCCUUGGAACUUUGGAAAUGGAGAUUUCUUAUCUGUGCACAGUAAAUUAAAGAUAAAGAGAUCAGACUCGCCAGAACCCAGCUGUGUCUCCAUGAAGAGUGACAUGUCUAUGGAUCCUUCUUGGAACUUUGGAAAUGGAGAUUGCUUAUCUGUGCACAGAUGCAACCCAGAAUCUGCUGUUGUAGAUGAAUUCCAGAAAAGGUAUAAAUUUAAUCUGAAGAAAAAGUUUCAGUGUAUAAAUGGCGUGAUAGUAAACCAGGACAAUCGAAUGCUCCUGAAUGAGAUCUACACAGAGCUCUACAUCACAGAAGGAGACAGUGGAGACAUAAAUAAAGAACAUGAGGUGAGACUGAUCGAAGCAGCAUCCAAGAGGAAAACAUUAGAGGAACCACCAAUCAAAUGCAAUGACAUCUUUAAGUCCUUUCCUGAAGAAGACAAACCCAUCAGAACUGUACUGACGAAGGGAGUUGCUGGUAUCGGAAAAACUAUCUCUGUUCAGAAGUUCAUCCUGGACUGGACUGAAGGAGAAGCAAACCAGGACAUCCCCUUCAUAUUUCCACUUUCUUUCAGAGAGCUGAAUUUGAUGAAGGACCAAAAACUGAGCCUGGUAAAGCUUCUUCAUGUCUUUUCCUCAGAAACAAAAGAAAUAGAAAAGUCCAGAAUGGAAAAGGCUCUGUUUAUUUUUGAUGGAUUGGACGAGUAUCGUUUUCCUCUGGAUUUCCAGAACACAGAGACAGUGUGUGAUGUAACUGAAUCUGCAUCAGUUCAUGUGCUGCUAAUAAACUUAAUUAUAGGAAAUCUGCUUCCCUCUGCUCUCAUCUGGAUCACCUCCCGUCCAGCAGCAGCUGAUCAGAUCCCCUCACAGUGUGUCCAUCGAGUCACGGAGGUACGAGGAUUCAGUGACCCACAGAAGGAGGAGUAUUUCAGGAAGAGAAUCAGUGAUCAGAACCUGGCCAGUAACAUCAUCACACACCUGAAGUCAUUAAGAAGCCUCUACAUCAUGUGCCACAUCCCAGUGUUCUGCUGGAUCUCAGCUUCUGUUCUAGAGAGAAUGUUGGGUGAAUCAGAAAGUGGAGAGAUUCCCAAAACUCUGACUCAGAUGUACACACACUUCCUCAUCAUUCAGACAAACAUCAUAAGAGAAAAGUACUUAAAGAUGCAGGAGAGUGAUGAAGAAAUGAUUCUCAAACUGGGACGACUGGCUUUUCAGCAGCUGAUGAAAGGAAACCUGAUCUUCUAUGAGGAAGAUCUGAGGAGUGGCAUUGAUGUGACAGAAGCAGCAGUGUACUCAGGUGUGUGUACGCAGAUCUUCAGAGAGGAGUUUGGGCUUCACCAGAGUACAGUGUACUGCUUUGUUCAUCUGAGCAUUCAGGAACAUCUUGCAGCUCUGUAUGUGCACCUGACCUUCAUGAAGGAAAAGAGAAAUGUUCUUGUAGAGAACUGGUCCUCGAAAUCAGAGAUCCCUGAUUAUAUGAUGAAUGACAAUACAAUCUUAGAUGUUCACAAGAGUGCUGUUAAUCAGGCUUUAAACAGCGAGACUGGACAUCUGGAUCUUUUCCUUCGGUUUCUUCUGGGACUCUCAUUGGAGACCAAUCAGAAUCUCUUACAUUCUUUAAUAAAACACACAGGAAGUAGCCCUCUGAGCAGGGAGGAAACAGUUCAGUACAUCAAGGAGAAGAUCAGUGAGGAUCAUCAUGCAGAGAGAACCAUCAAUCUGUUCCACUGUCUGAAUGAACUGGGUGACAAUUCUCUAGUGGAGGAAAUCCAACAGUACCUGAAAUCUGGAAAACAAAGGAAACUCUCCUCUUCACAGUGGUCUGCUCUGGUGUUUGUCUUACUGACAUCCGAACAUGAGCUGGAGGAAUUUGACCUGAGAAAAUAUACCAGUGAAGAGACAAUAAGAAAUUUGGUCCUUGUAAAGGUGAUACCUGUGAUUGCAGCAUCCAGAAAAGCAAUUAUUCAGCAUGUAACACUUGAAGAGAAAAGCUGCAAAGCUUUGGCCUCUGUGCUCAGUUGCAACUCAUCCAAUCUAAGAGAACUGGACCUGUCUGGGAGUAAACUAACAAACUGUCUUUCUGAAGUAUUGGGGAAUCCUCACUGUAAACUGGAGACACUGAGGCUGAAUAAUUGUGGUUUCUCAGAAGAAGGCUUUGCUGCUCUGACCUCAGCUCUGAGAUCAAACCCCUCACACCUGAGAGAUUUGGAUCUGUCCUUUAAUAAAGUAGGAGACUUAGGAGUGAAGUAUCUCUCUGCAAUACUGGAGAAUCCUCACUGUAAACUGGAGAGAUUGUGUUUAUAUGGUUGCGGUGUCUCAGAUAAAGGCUGUGUUGCUCUGAGUUCAGCUCUGAGAUCAAACCCCUCACACCUAAGAGACCUAAAUCUGUCUGAGAAUAAACUUGGUGACUCAGGAGUAAAGUUUCUCUCUGGUAUACCUCAUUGUAAACUGGAGAGACUGUGGUUGAGUAAUUGUGGAUUCUCAGAAGAAGGGUGUGCUGUUUUGACAUCAGCUCUGAGAUCAAACCCCUCACACCUGAGAGAACUGGAUCUGUCUCAGAAUAAACUUGGAGAUUCUGGAGUGAAGUGUCUUUCUGCCGUACUGGAGAAUCCUCACUGUAAACUAGAGAUUCUGAAGUUGCAUAGUUGUGGUGUCUCAGAUGAAGGCUGUGUUGUUCUGACUUCAGCUCUGAGAUCAAACCCCUCACAUCUGAGAGACCUGAAUCUGUCUGGGAAUAAAUUGGGAGACUCAGGAGUGAAGUAUCUUUCUGCCAUACUGAAGAAUCCUCACUGUAAACUGGAGAGACUGUGGCUGUGUAAGUGUGGUGUAUCAGAUGAUGGCUGUGCUGUUCUUACUUCAGUGCUGAGAUCAAACCCCUCACACCUGAGAGACCUGAAUAUGUCUCAGAAUAAACUUGGAGACUCAGGAGUGAAGUGUCUUUCUGCUCUACAGGAGAAUCCUCACUGUAAACUGAAGAUACUGAAGUAGGAUCAUCUCGUUGAGAGUCACAUGACCUGCUCCUCAGCAAAGCACAUACUUUAAUAAUAUAGAGACUAAUCAGAGGUUAAUUGUCAAUAUAUUUUUACAUAUAUACAUUAAUUAAUCAGUCACUAUAUCAGUAGAAGAAUGCUGAGGAUGGAACGAAUAAAAGAGGAAGGUCAAGAAGGGGGCUUAUGGAUGUGCUGAAUGUCAUUUCCAAACUGUUACCACAACGCUAAAAGGAUUCAAUUGUACAGGACGUCUUUAAAUGUCUAUCAUAUAAUUUUGCAUUCACUUGAACUUGGAAACCCAAAUCUGUUCCAGCAUGGCAAUACCCCUGUGCACAAAGUAAACUCCUUGAAGGUCUUUUACAUGCUUUAGACAGGAAGAUCUUGAGUGGCCUGAUAUAAAGCUCUGAUCUCAUCCCUACUGAACACCUUUGGGAUGAAUUGGAAUGCUGACUGCACCACAGACCUCCUCACCUACAUCAGUACCUGCCUUUCAUAAUACCAUUGCUGAUGAACACAAAUAUCCAUAAGCACACAACAAAAUCUAGUGGAACAUCUUCGCAGAAGAGUGGAGGGAAUUAUACGAGCAAAUUGGGACUGAAUGUGGAAAUGCAAUUUUUAGAAAUCCCAUGCAUUAUGUACUACAUUAUGUACUAGUACUACAUACUGCAUAUUAUUUACUCACUUUUAUUUUGGAUUCUACAGUCUAUAGUAAUUACGUGUGUGUUUUUGUCACUAAAUCAUUUAAAGUGCACGCUAUAAUUUCUCUCAUUAGUAUUGACCACUUAAACAGCAGCACUCUCACUUAUCAUUGUUUUUAUGUUUAGUAUAGACUGCAAACACACACAUAAUUGAAAAUUGAGAAUCUUA